UUCGCCCCAUUUGUUUUAUAUUUAUGUCGAAUAUAAUGCAGCUAACGUCGUUAGCAUAACCUUCUCUUCUCCUCCAAUUGAUCGGAGACUUAUGGAUUUUCCGGCUGUGAGGCGAUCGCUGGAGGCCGCUGCGGUGGAGAUUCUCCCCACGCCGUUGAUCGACUCUCUGCCCUCUAAAUUUUACGAUGCGUUUAUCCUCCACGGGCUCAGCGUCGACCUCAUCGAGCCUGGUCGACUCCUCUGUUCCAUGAGUAUCCCUCCACGCUUGCUCAACACCGGAAAGUUCUUGCACGGUGGCGCCGCCAUUUCGUUGAUUGAUGCUGUUGGCUCCGCUGUUUUCUACACUGUCGGCGCUCGGACGACUGGUUCUCCACUUGAGAUCAGCACCGCGUUUUUGGACUCUGCCUUUGUUCAUGAAGAAAUUGAGAUAGAAGCUAAGGUUCUAAGAACCGGAAAAGCCAUUGGGGUAGCUAACAUAGACCUUCGGAAAAAGAAGAAUGGGAAGCUACUGGUACAGGCGCGAUAUACCAAGUACCUUGCUCCAGAUAGCAAAAUAUGAUGAGAUUGGUCAGUAUCAAAGCAUCCUCUCCCCGCUGCAGAUGUUAAUUUGCUUUUACAGAGCUGUGCAAACUUGUUUUGGAAAUCAGUUAUGCCUCAUUGUAUUUGAAUGACAAAUUAUUCUGGAUCUGCUCUUGCUAGAUAUUAAAAGAGGUCGUUGCACUGUUUAUAGCAUUUUUAAAUAAAAGAAAUG